CGGCGGGGGAGCGCGGCCCGCCCGCCUCAGUGCCUCGGGGGGCGCCGGCGGCGGCACGCUUCCCUGCGAUCCCACUUCCCUGGGAUCGCGGGCACUCGGCACGGCGCGGUCAGGAUCGCGGAUGAGGUUUCCGGGGCCGUGCGGCUUUGCCGGCGGGUGGGAAGUCGCGCUGGAGUCGAGCGAAAGGCGCCGAAGUUGGCAUUGUGAAACUCGGGUUCAGGAAGAGGCACGGGAGAGAGUGGACCGAGCCUCUGAGUAUGGUGUCUCUGAAGCUUUUUCCCUCCAAAAGUCAAGGUGUGCACAUCGGCCUUGGGGUCCUGUGACAAGUUUGGAAACUGCAGAACGGCUGCAAGUUCAUCGUGAGGCCUGUGACGAAGCCCAGGAGCUGCUCCGUAACUGGAUGAAGUCCCAGCUGCAACUGGAGCUGAGCGAUGGAGAAGAGGAAGUUGACUCUGUCCUUCAGGAAGAACCUUCUGCAGCCCCUCCAAAAUAUGAGCACUUUGAUGACUUAUGCAGCUAUCUGGAAUGUGAAAUGGAAAGUUCCUCUGUCCAGAAAUACCUCCAGCAUCUUUUGCAGAGUGAAGCUGUGAACUAUGGGAUAGCGAAACAUCUUAGACUUGAAGAGAUCAAGGAAAAAAACAAACUUGCAGAUCCACGAAUAAUCAUGGAGCUCAGACACAAGCAGGUGAAAGAAAACCGAAUGAGACAUCAGAAGGCUUUAGAGCUUCAGAGACAAGAAGAGUCCCUGAAGAAAGCAAUUCUGUCUGAGGCCAGGCUCCAAGCACAGGAGGAGGACAGAAAAAAGGCCCUGCAGGCUAAGAAAGAGGAAGAGAAGAUCCAGAGGGAAAUAGUGAAGCUAAGAAAGGAAAUGGCUGAGAAGAAGUACACCAUGGCAAAAGUUUGGAGAAUGGAGGGGAAGAGACAAGAAAAAACUCAGAAGCUGUCAAUACAGGAGGUGUCUGCUGUGUCACCACCCCUGGUCCUGAAGAGGGAGGAGCAAGGAGAGGAGAAACAGAGGAAGACUCUGGAGUUGCUGCGCAGGAUUCACACCAGUAAGCAGAGAUGCUUGCAGCAAUAUUUCUCUGCUUGGCUGAAAGUCAUUCUGGAGUACAGAAUUAAAAUGGGAAAAGCCAGAGCCUUUGCUGACUGGAGAUGCAAAUUGAAGGCCCUGCGAGCUUGGAGAAACUAUACUUGGGCCCAGAAAGUAGAGCAGGAGACAGAGCAAUUGGAAGUUCAUCUCCAAGAUCAAAACAGGAAAACCCGACUGGCUGUGGAGCACAACCAGCGACGCCUCCUGCGCUGCUGCUUUCUGGCCUGGCAGCGCUGGAGCCGAGCGGAGAUGGAAAAGCGAGAGCUGCAGAUGAAGAGGGAGCAGACAAGGAGAAAGAUGCAACAGCUGCUGGAGGCUGUAUCACUGGGGACAUGUGGGGACAGGCCACUGGAGGUUAACAAGCCCAGGACAGCAGAAGUAAACCAUCAUCAAGAUUUAGAGCAAGACAAGCCAACUGAAACUUACCUCAUACAGAAAGAGCCUGAUCAGACCACAGACCAGUCUUGUUGGGAUAUUGUUCACACAUCUCAUUUCUGCAGCAGCCCCAAAUCUGCCUGGGAGAUUACCAUUAAACAUGCAGCUCUGAGUGCCCAGAACCAGACUGUGUACAGGAAUCAAAUAGCCACAGUCUUCCAGCAGUUUCAGGCACGCAGUCCAAAGACGUCUCCUGCUUAUGGUAGUCGUUUUGAGCACCGUCACGCCUUCCAGCAACGUGUGAUUGAGAAACAGAGGCAGCAGCUUCAGAAACAGCAAGAGCUGAUCCUUAAACUGCAGGAAAAUCAGAAGCUGAGCAGAGAUAAAGAAGAGGCAGCACAAGCUAUGGCUGUAACCCAGAUGUUUCACAGUUCUGUUUUGCAAACCAGGGAGAAAAAAGAAUCCAGAUGCAAGAAUACAACCCCUUUGAGCCUACCUGAUUCUCCUGGGCCAGAAAACACAAGGGCAGCAAUGCAAGGCAGGAGGCCUUCCAGCCGGCUGACCUCACCUCAUCCCAUACUGAAAGGGAUGCAGGAGAGAGCGAUUCAGCGGGCAGAACAGAAGAAGAAAAUAGAAGAAGCCAAACAACGAAAAGCAGAGGAAAAAUUGGCCCAGCUGAAGGCUGAAGAGGAAGCACGACAGAGGAAGGAAGCCGAGGAAAAGGAAGCACAGCGGGAAAAGCGCCGGGAGGAGAGAAGGCAGCAGAAGCUGAAAGAACUGGAGAAGCAGAGGAGGCUGGAGAAAGAGCAGCAGCUCGAGAAAAAGGCUAGAGAUCACUAUGAGAAGGUCCUUCUCAGAAAGCUGGGAAUAUUGCCAUGGAAAAGGCUGAGGGAGCAAACCAAAGAAAACCUAGUGGUGGCAGAAAGGCACCACAGCUUGGGUCUGCAGAGGAAAUGCCUGAUGACUUGGCUGCAGGACACCCAGCAGAGUCUCGGGGAGAAGAUGUCUCAGGCUGAGGACUUCUAUUCCCAUAUGUUACUGAGAUGGGGCUUCAGGAACUGGCUAAAGUACAAGGAUUAUCUCUCUGCUCAGGAGGAGAGAGCAUGUACCUUCCACACAGUCUGCCUCAUGAGGAAGUGCUUCUGGGCAUGGUUUGAUCAUAUCAUGGAGGAAAAAAGGGCCUUAUGGGAGAGGCUGAAGAUUGCUGCUGAACACAGUAACAAGAGACUUACACUGAACGCAUUCAAGGCAUGGAGGCAGUACCCAUUACUGAUGAAAAAGGAAAGGGAAAGAGAAGAAAGAAGAAACCAGCUACGCAGGAGAGUAGCUGAAAUUCUCCCCAACUUCCAAACAUGACAGAAGAGAGUCAGAUGAGAUGGGAAGGGGUCAACAAGACCAAUUCAGUUCAGUACUAUCUCCCUACUGACUGAAACAAGUCCAGGGGGAAGGCUUACGAAGUGCAGAAGGUCUUAGAGUCAAAGGGCGCUUCCUGUAAUCAGUGUUGUUGUAAACGAAGUAGAGAUGGAAACUUAUCUGACAGUUUAAUGUUGCACUUCAUGGACUUACUCCUUUUAAGCCUCUGUAGGGGUGUCUUUGGCUGGUGGCUAUGAAACCCAAAUAACCAAAGCCUAGCACAGGGUGUCUUUGAGGUCAAGGCCAUUUCCACAUGCAGACCUAGCUGCAGCAAUGACAUGAAUCCUCCAUCAUCUAAAGAAACACAGAACUGAACUGCACCUCUUUUUACCUAAGCAGUAACCUGGUGCUUUUCAGUUGACAGUACUCUGUAGGGUGAUAGCUUGUCCAGAGGGCAGACAGACCUUACUGUCAGCUGACCCCUAACUACUGCUGUGAACUUGGCCACCCAGAGCACAGUUUCUAGCUAACUGUGCCAGGAAAGUUCGGAUGGGAGGGGGAAAGGGAAGAGUUUUUUUAUGCAAACCAUAUUUGCUAAUGAUCCAGAUCACAUCACUGCAUACUGAAAAGUCUAAAACAUUAGUUCUUUAGCAAGAGGCUGCCUUGUUUGCAGCACCAGCCAGUACACAAGCACAGUGCUUUGAUUUUGGUACCAAGCAGUGAUCCCAAGUUUAUGAGCCUCAAUUGUCAUUUAAACACUUCCCAAACUGUUUAAUGUUUCAGGGUGUAUUGUGCAAGUCUGUCUGAGCUGUUUCACUUGAUCAACUACUUAAAAGAAAAAAAAGACAAAACUCCAUGAAAAAGGCAGAUUGCAGCUUUUACAGAAGCUGACAUUUACAGAAGCUGUGAUUAAAAUGGAAGUUUCAUACGACUGUUUUUAACCUUAACCUGCAGCAUAAUGCAGACGGGGUAAUGCCAUUCAGGUACACUAUGUCUUAGUAACAACAUAAGGCAGGAAGCUGGAAUCAUUUGCCUCUCACAGCAAGAUAGGCAAAGCUCUCCAAAAGCAUUUGGCAGUACAGGAAAUACUUGAGUAACACCAGAAAGACAACAGUUUACUGUUAUCUUGUAACAGAUCGUUAGUAAUACCCAUGUAUGCACUGAAAGUUUCCAAUAAAUCCAAAUCUGAAAUUA